CAAGUGAACAUUAUUUACUUCAAUUGUGUUUCUACUUUCGCGCAUUCAAGCUGUAUAUUUGAAAUGUUAAGGUCUCUUAAACAACAAUAUAUAUUUAAUUUUAAAUAUAACCUGUUAGUGAAUGUAAUUGUUUUGUGGCCGUCCGAUUGGUCUACGUUGAAAAGUCGAACUACAUGUACUGUCACUCAACCCAUUAGCAAAGAAUUGUUGAAGUGGACGACAGCCUUUGCAAAAGAUUGCGCCUCCAGUCAAAUAUGGCAUCAAAGGCAUUGGAGGGGCAAGACAAGAGCAGAGACCUAUCUGUUGCCAUCCACAAGGGUCUGACAGAGCUGUGGUUGGACGAAGUGUGUACAGAUUUUGAAAUAGUAACUGACACCAAGACAUUCCGCUGUCACAAAGUAGUUCUUGCUGCCAUGUCAGACUACUUUCGCGCCAUGUUUAGCUCCGGAAUGACAGAAGCGAUUGAGAACAGGGCGACGUUUCAAGAUAUUUCUGCGGACGCGUUUGAAAUACUUUUUGAAAUUCUAUACCCACGAAAAAAGAACAUGAAUAUCUUCGAAAACAAAUCCGAGGAAGACGUUACAGCACUUCUCAAUAUGUCCAUGAGAUUUCAAAUGAAAUUCCUGCAAGAAAUAUGCACUGAAUAUUUUGCAGCAACGAUGUCUGUAACCAACUGUGUUGAAAGAUGGAAAACUGGUCAAUUAAUUUUAUGCGACUCCGUAACUAAAAUGGCUUGGGAUUUCAUUCUCGACGAGUUUGGAGACUUGGUAGAGGAGCCCGUUUUAUUGACAUUAGAGUUUGAAGAUUUAAAUAAGAUCCUAAAUGAUCCAAAUCUGUACGUUAAAGAAGAGACCAUUAUUUGGAAAGCAAUCAAAAAAUGGAUAUCCGUUGAAGAAGAUAGUCGUAAGAAGCAUUUCUUUACGCUGUUCAAGAACUGUUGCCUGUCGGAAAUCGACCAGGACUUUUUCCUUGAAAAUAUCGCAUUUGAUCCAUUGGUCAGAGGCAGCGACGAUGUGUCGUGUUUAGUAAAAGAAGCUGUUUUACUUACAAAGCACCCAGGUAACCAUGGGAACGUAGAACUGACAUUUCGUAAUUGCUACACAAAACAUCAGACAUUGAUUGCCCUAUGCAAAUCUAAUGAUGACUUUGAUCAAGUUGGAAAGAUAAGACCCUUUGGCAAGAAACAAAGUUCAACGGACGUUGCCACGUUGGAUGUGUACAGUUUGGAUUUCACUUCACGCAACUUGAAACGCACGGGGUCUCUGGAUGGCGUCGGUUCUAGACCUGCUUGCUGUGUUCAUGGCGACGCUCUUUAUAUUGUUGGCGGAACCGAUGGCACUUUGAUGAAACUUAAAGGGCCAUCUAUGGGAACCGUCAAUCUUGAAGACAUGCCAACGCCGCUUGAAGGUCACACCAUGGCGGCGGUGGAUGGAUGUUUGUUUGUCCUUGGUGGAAAACAUGCUUUUCAAGCUAACUCUUCCGUGUUCGCCUAUUUUUUAGAUACCAAUCAGUGGAGGGAGGAGGGAGAAAUUCUUGCCCCAGUUGUGGGAGCUUCCUCAAUUGCUGUCAAUGGGGUAAUAUACAUCGUUGGAGGCAAGCUUGGUCACAAUCCAGCCGAUUGCAUACAGUCUUAUGAUACCCGAGACAAAGCUUGCAGUAUUUUCUAUUCACUGCCUUCUCCGUGUGAAUUCUCUCGCACACUCUGCAGAGGUGUUUUUCUAUAUAUAGUAUCGUCAUCCGGCGAAGUCUUUAAGAUUUCUACGACGGCUGGAACAUGUGAAACUGUUGCUAUGAUUGCAAACUUUAACCGAAAAAACUUCGGAAUCGAUUUACGCGAUGGUAAAUUGUAUAUCUUUGGCGGCCUUGGAGUGGUUGCCAUACAAGAGCCUAAAGUGAAGCACCAAGAGCUCGAACUUGAUAGCGGAGAUGAAGAGGACGAGGAAGAAGGCCACGAAAUUGAAAUGUCACUUCCAGAGUCAUUUAAAGAAGAUUCACAGUUGGUUUCGUUUGAAAACCGGAUGGUUCAUGAAGUCCUUGUUGUGGACACUAAGACAGGAGAGAUAACUGGUAGCGAGCCCCUCCAGACGGCCAUGCAGGUGAUGGGUUGUGGACUCCUCGUACAUGACAUCGUGAAAUGAGGUUGAGUGUUGAUGUGUGUUUUGGGUUUGAUUUGUUAAUUAACCCUAUAAACAGUUACAUAAGUUGCCAUUAAAUGCUAUGCAUGGAGUGCGUUUAAUUUGAUUGUUGUAUGAUUUAUAUAUGAGAUGAACACUGACAUCAUUAAAACGUAAUUGUAACUGGGGUGAAUAUUUAUUUUAUUACUUUGUUAAAAUAUUUAGUCAGCGUCACAAUAUGUCGAUAACAUUUACAUGUAUUUGAAAAUCGAAUUAUUACUGGUUUGUUUUGUGGUUUGUUGUAUGCAUUUGUUGAAAUAGAAUUCAUACAUUUUUUAUUAUUAGCGAGGCUGUUUUCGGAGAAAACACGAGGUAUUGUCAUAGCCUGCGAGUCGUCCGCCGUCAGCCGUCCGACGGCGUCGUGCUAAAACCUUUACAUUGGCUCUAACAUCAAAGUGCUUCCACCUACAACUUUGAAACUUCAUUUGUAGAUGCACAUUAAUGAGUUCUAUACGCCACACCCAUUUUGGGUCACUAGGUCAAAGGUCAAGGUCACUGUGACCUCUAAAACAAAUAUAUAAAAAUAUGGCAAGCUUUCGCAGCCAAGCGUGGCACCCGUUAUGCGGUGCUCUUGCUUUAAUUUAUAUUAUUAUGUAUGUUUCAUGUGAGCAUGAUUUCUAGAUUAAUUGCGCAGCGUGUGUAAUAUCGGAAAUUUGUGAUAUGUUUAAUGUUUAUUUUGUUAUGUUCGACAAUAGCUUUUUAAAUACAGAGACAUUUCAGAAUUACUAAAUAGCAUUGUUAUAAAAUAAAAUGCGUUGGAUCGAA